UUCUAUUUCAUUGCUACGUGAACAGCGCUAAAUCAAUAAAGCAGUUCAUCACCAUCAGUCCAGUCAUUGCUGGUAUAGUUGUUGGUAAGAUUACAAAAUCAUCUCGGAGGAAGAAAGAAAACAAUGAAGUAUACGCUUAUCUUCGUGCUAGCAGCACUGACCCUCGCCCGAGGUCAACAGCGGAGUCGCAGUAGCCCGUUGUCCCAGUCGUUUAUCGAUGAAAUCAAUUCCAAAGCUGAAACUUGGCGAGCAGCGCAAAAUUUUGCCCCUGAAACAUCGAUGGCCUAUAUCCGCGGCUUGAUGGGUGUCCACAAGGAUGCAGAUAAAUUUCUGCCGCCGGUGAUGGUACAUGAGCUGGAAGAUGAUGACGACUUGCCGGAAAACUUCGACUCUCGCGAGCAGUGGCCAAACUGCCCCACUAUUAGGGAAAUACGAGAUCAAGGAUCGUGCGGAUCGUGCUGGGCAUUCGGUGCCGUUGAAGCUAUGUCUGAUCGAUACUGUAUUCAUUCGGGUGGAAAGUUACAUUUCCGAGUGUCUGCUGAUGAUCUGGUGUCUUGUUGCCACACUUGUGGUUUUGGCUGCAAUGGAGGAUUCCCUGGAGCUGCCUGGAGUUAUUGGGUUCGCAAAGGAUUAGUAAGCGGCGGUUCCUACGGAUCACAACAGGGAUGUCGGCCAUACGAAAUUUCUCCUUGCGAACAUCAUGUAAACGGAACCAGACCACCGUGCGAAGGUGAAGGAGGCAAGACACCCAAAUGCACCAAGAAGUGCCAGGCCAGUUACAAUGUUCCUUACGCAAAGGACAAGCAUUUUGGAAAAUCAUCCUAUUCGAUUUCACGCCAUGAGGGACAGAUUCAGAAGGAAAUCAUGACUAACGGUCCCGUUGAGGGUGCAUUUACUGUGUACGAGGAUCUGUUGCAAUACAAAGAAGGUGUCUAUCAGCAUGUAACGGGUAAAAUGCUUGGCGGUCACGCAAUUCGCAUCCUGGGCUGGGGUGUGGAAAACGGCACCAAAUAUUGGUUGAUUGCAAACUCGUGGAACAGCGACUGGGGCGAUAAUGGAUACUUCAAAAUUCUUCGCGGCGAAGAUCAUCUUGGCAUCGAGAGUUCAAUUGCUGCUGGAUUGCCAAAGGUUUAGUUUGUAGGAUAACUUAGAAAAGGCAAGAUAGUAGAUAUUGCGUCUUGUACGUUCAAAAGCUAGCGUUGGACUUAUUGGAAAUUUAUUUCAAAAGGGUUCUAAUAAAAGACUGCUUAAAAUAGCAUCAAGGCGAUUUUACGCAAUACCUAUACAAAUGUCUUAAUUUUU